UGUGGCUUGCCUUCCCGGAUUGUUAUUCCCCUUUUCGGAGAGGUGGCCAAUGGGGCGUCGAGUACUGCUCCCAGGAUGAGGCUGACCCUGCCCCCCAAGAAACGGCUAUCUGGGUCCCACUGCCAGGCGUUGACUGGGACCUGCCUGCGCUUGCGCAGUCUCACCCUCUGGGCUGCACAGUGCGGCCUUCCUUUUGGCGUUCCUGGCUUCGACAGGGCGUGUCCUCUUCGCUGUGUGGACGCUCGUGUUUCUUUCACUUUUCUCCCUGUGCCCCAACUCCCGAUCUACCCUUGUCUUUUUUAUGUGUUUCCCCUCCGGUCAUUUUCCCGCUUCCUUCCCUUAUCCCACCCCUUUCUGUGUCUCUCUUACCGUCCGUUUCGGUGUUGAUUUUCCUAACUCCUAUUUUCCCCAUUGUCUUGGAGUUUCUCUCUGCCUGUCUGCCCUGCUGAUUUUCGGGCCCCCUUACUCCACGUUCUUAAUUUCCAAAUAGCCUGGCCCAGUUCCCCACCCCCACCUCCCCCGCCCAUCCUUCGCUUUCUUUCUGAGACGCCCACUGUAGUUUUUCUGUCUUCAUAGACAUAGACACCCUCUCCACCCCCCACCCCCCCCACCGUGUGCAUCUCGCUCCCUGAUUUCACCAGAAUUCAUCAGUUUCAUCUGGGCUCCACUCUGUAAUCAUCGCCUGCCUUCUCGGCUGGUGUGUGCCAUCUUUUCUGAUUGGCCCAACCCCUGUGUGUGCUCCUUCAUCAGCCUUCAUUGCCCCUUCCUGUGUCCCAUCUUUUCUUGACCCAGAGGCAAGUGAACAGAGGAUUCAGAAGCUAACUAGAACUGACCUUGAUUGAUACCUGGAUUGAAAUUGGUUCCAGAUUGACCUCUAGCAUCCGGGGACCCAGACCCAGGACCAUGGGACCCCAGCACUUGAGCCCUGUGCAUCUGCUCUGCCUCCUAGGGGCCAUCUCCACUCUGCCUCGGGCUGGGGCUCUUUUGUGCUACGAAGCAACAUCCUCGCUCUUCAGAGCUGUUUCUCUCCAUAACUGGAAAUGGCUUCUGAUGAGGAGCAUGGUGUGUAAGCUGAGUGAGGGCUGUGAGGAGACGCUGGUAUUCAUCGAGACAACUGAAGGGUCCAGAAGGGGAGUUGUGGGUUUCAAGGGCUGCAGCCCAGCCUCCUCUUACCCCCAGCAAGUCUCUUACCUCGUUUCACCGCCUGGACUGUCCGUUGCCUCCUACAGCCGCGUCUGCCGGUCAUAUCUCUGCAACAACCUCACCAGCUUGGAUCCUUUUGUGAAACUCAAGGCCAACACUCCGAGGUCUACAGCAUUUUCUUCCCAUGGUUGCCCAACCUGUGUGGGCGAACACUCUAAGGACUGCCUCCCAAGUUUUGUCACCACUGAUUCUUGCCCCUAUGACGCCUCUCAGUGCUACAGUUCCACCUUAAAAUUUCAGGCAGGGCUCCUCAAUACCACCUUCCUCCUCAUGGGCUGUGCUCGUGGACAUCACAAACUUUUAGCAGAUUUUCACCAUAUUGGGAGCAUCAGAGUGACCGAGGUCCUCAACGUCUUAGAGAAGGCCCAGAUUGCUGGCGUAGAGCCCUCCAGUCGGGCUCCUGCUUGGGGCAUCCUCUCAGGGCUUCUGCUUGCCUUCAGGGACUGACAGUCUGGCUGGACUGGACAACCCCCUUCCCAUAACCCAGUAAAGUCACAGAGUUGCCUUUC